AUGCCCAUCCCAGAGAUGGCAUUGAGCCCUGUUAAAUCGCUGUACUGGGAGGUGUUCCCCCCAAUGGCCACGAGGAGAGUCUACUGUACCCCUGUGCUCCAGGCAGGCCUGCUAUAUGUGCUGGGGGGAUGCAGUGAGAGCAGCAUGCCCCUGGAUUCUGCCGAAGUCCUGGAUCUGGAGACUCAACGUUGGUGCCAGCUGCCUCCUUUACCGACAGCCAGAGCUGGAGCCUCAGCAGUAGCAGUUGGAGGCCAGGUGUUAGUGAUGGGUGGCAUGGAUGCCCAGCAAAACCCACUGGCCUCUGUGGAAGUGUAUCAUCCUGAUGAGGGAAAGUGGGAAAGAAAGGCCGGAUUGGGACAGCCUUCCAUGGGCAUCACAGCUUUGGAAAAAGAUGGGAAGGUGUAUGCUCUAGGGGGGAUGGGGGCAGACACUACGCCCCAGGCUUUGGUGAGAACUUACGAGCCAACAAAGGACCAAUGGCUGCCUCUAGCCUCCAUGCCUACACCUCGCUAUGGUGCUUCGUCUUUCCUGCGCGGGAACAAGAUUUACGUUCUGGGGGGGCGUCAGGGCAAGCUGCCGGUCACAGCGUUUGAGGCCUUUGACCUGGAGGUGAAGAGCUGGACUCGUUUCCCGUGUAUUCCCAGUCGCAGGGCCUUUUCCAGUUGUUCUGCAACUGAGAGAAACUUCUUCAGUUUGGGAGGACUGCAGCAGCCUGGCCCCCACAACUUCUACUCCAGACCACACUUCGUCAGCACCGUGGAGGAGUAUGAUAUGGAGCAGGGUGUAUGGCUGAAGCCCACACGAAGCUCUCGCAUGAGAGAGAAGAGGGCAGACUUUGUGACUGGGUGUCUUGGCGGAUGGGUCAUUGCUGCAGGGGGUUUAGGAAACCAGCCAUCUCCACUGGCCUCAGUGGAGAGCUAUAACCCUGUGAAGAGGAGGUGGGAGCAUGUUGCUCCCCUGCCCAGCCCACGCUGCUCCUGUGCCUCCCUACAGACACCUAACAUGCUGUUCCUCAUAGGAGGAGUCAACCAAGGCCCCAGUGACGCUGUGGAAGCCCUCUGCCUGAGAGAGAGUGUCUGA